AUGAAGUCUGGAGUGUACCAAUUCCUGGUCGGCUGCUUUGCUGCACUUGGCUCCUUUCUCUUUGGCUAUGAUCUUGGUGUUAUUGCCGAAGUGGUCGCAUCCGACUCCUUCAAGAAGACCUUCCUACAGAAUGACGGCGACACGCGUUCAGGGACUGUCGUUGCCCUGUUCACAGGUGGCUGUUUCUGCGGUGCCUUCCUAGCAUCCUUCACCGAUCCUCUUGGACGUCGUGGGACCAUCCUCAUGGCAUGUUGCAUCUUCGUCGUCGGCGGAGUCAUACAGACGGCAGGCGUCGUCAUAGCAAUGCUCUACGUUGGUCGUCUCAUAGCUGGUCUUGGCGUUGGCUUUCUAACCAUGAUCAUCCCCAUCUACCAAGCUGAACUGGCUCACCGCAAGAUCCGAGGUAAGAUCACCUCUCUGCAGCAGCUCUUCAAUGCGACUGGACAGAUCUUCGCGACCUGGAUCGGCUAUGGUUGCUACAUGACAUGGGCCGGAACAGGUGAUAGUCGGGAAUGGCGUAUACCGCUCGCCAUACAAAUCGUCCCAUCACUAUUUCUAGGAGGUCUCAUCUUCCUGUUUCCAGAAUCACCCAGGUGGCUUGCCGAUCAUGAUCGAUCCGAGGAGGCACUUCGAACACUGGCUCGACUUCAUGCUCACGGAGAUGUGAACGAUCCAUACGUCGUUGCUGAGUACGAGCUCAUCCAUGCACAAAUUGCAGAAGAGCAUUCUCACAAGAAGAUCGGAUACCUCGAUCUGUUCCGUGGCUGGCCCAAUUUGCGUAGGACGAUCCUUGUUAUGGCAAUCCAAGCAUCGUGCCAGAUGACAGGCGUGAGCGCCAUCCAGUAUUUCAGCCCUCAGAUCUUUGCUCAACUAGGCAUUCCGACUGGAGAAUCUCUACUUCUGUCAGCAGUGAACGCCAUUUUCGCCUUUCUCGGCACAAGCGUUUGCAUCCUCACCAUCGAUUCCGUUGGCCGCCGACCAUUACAGAUUUAUGGCUGCAUCUUUCUUGGCAUCACCUUCAUCAUCAACGCUGCGCUCAUCAAGGUCUUCCCAGCCUCUGCACCAUCGGUGGGUGCUCACUGGGCUUUCGUGGUACUCACGUGGCUGUUCAACUUUGUUUUUUUCUGGACAUCAGGACCGCUGAGUUGGGCCAUUCCCGCUGAGCUCUUCGGCACAGCUAUGCGUUUGAAAGGUGUCAGCUGGGGCGCCAUGACUUCCUUUGCUUUCAACACCAUGAUCGGGCAGGUGACGCCCAUUGCCGUCACGGCCAUAGGGUGGAAGUACUACAUUGUCUUUAUAGUCUGCAAUCUCACCAAUGCUGCUUUCUUCUGGGCCUUUCAACCCGAGAGCAAGGGGCUCAAUCUGGAAGACAUGGACGAGCUAUUCCGAGAACAUCCCACCUUCGUGCCUGGUACCAACUGGAAACCAAGUUCGCAUAUUGACGAGGAUGCACAAGCCAUCUCGAAGCACGAGAGAGAUGUUGGUCUGUUCGGGAAGCCGCGAGUCGAUUCAAUAGAGCAUACGGAGCGAGUCUGA